CAGAGCGGCAGAAGUUUGUCACCCUCAUCCCUCCUUGGUUCGGCGCCUCCUCUCACAGCACACACGAUCACACAUCGCAAACAAUGCCGUUCAAGAGGUACGUAGAGAUCGGAAGAGUGGCUCUUGUCAACUACGGCAAGGACUAUGGCAAGCUCGUCGUCAUCGUAGACGUUAUCGACCAUAACAGGGCUCUUGUUGAUGCCCCGGAUAUGGUACGGAGCCAGAUGAACUUCAAGAGGCUGUCUCUCACCGACAUCAAGAUAGACAUCAAGCGGGUUCCAAAGAAGAAGGCUCUAGUAGCAGCAAUGGAAGCUGCUGAUGUCAAGGGAAAAUGGGAGAGCAGCUCGUGGGGAAGGAAGUUGAUUGUCCAGAAACGACGGGCUGCUCUGAACGACUUUGACCGAUUUAAGCUCAUGCUGGCGAAGAUCAAGAGAGCAGGCCUUGUUCGACAGGAACUAUCUAAGCUGAAGAAGGAGACUCUUCUGCAUGAGUAGUUACUUAUUUUCAAUCUAUUCGGAUUUUGAUGCGGGACGUGCAAUUUUAACAUUGUAUCUUAUAAACUAUUUUCUGGAAUUCAUCAUCUUUGAAAUACUUGAAAGUUUUGCAAAUUUUCA